AUUUUGCACGGACAGGACGAAGACGAAAACCGGGCGGCCCGUGAGGUGAUGACCGGCGGUGUGAGAACCGCCCGGCAGCAGCUGGCCCGCGUCCCGGGAUGGAAGAAAGGGGUGGUCCUCUGUCCGCUCGUCUGCGCCGUGGCGUUUGUUUCGCUCGUAGGCACAGUAGUGCCGCCAGUCAGAGGCGAUGGAAGUUUGCUUCGCCGCGACAACCGCAGCGUUUACAACAACUGCGCAGGCUGCGAGGCCAGCAACAGUUCUCAGGAUCAUGUUGACCACAGUCGCUUCGAACGCUACAACUCUUACAGCGCUCGGGAGCAACCUACAGAUCAUGAGUCUCUGCAACGCAUCGCGUCGGAGGGUCCGGGGGGAGUUUUUGUGGAUCAUGUUGCACGAACAACAAACAGGAACUCCGCGAUUCCGUUCGGAGCCCAACAACCUCCAAUGUUCUUGGCCACAAACGCACCAACAAGUCUCACGUUCGACGACGCGCCCUUGACCUUUUUACCGAUCCCGGCGCCGCACCCCACAGGAGGGGCGCGACCUUCUGCGAGCCGAGCGGACGAGGCACAUGGUCGUGGAGAUCUUCAUGAUGAGAGUGCGGUGGGUCCGCGAACUCGCCUUGAUCACCGCACUCCCUCCGCCUCGGCCUCUCCUCGUCCUGCCAGUACUACACCAACAACGGUCCUGCCUCGCAAUGAAACAUCACGACCCCGCAGCACUGCUGGUAUCCAGGACCUUUUAGAGAAAGAGGCCGCGGCGGCGGACGUCGCCCGACUGGCAGAGCGGC